AUGGUUUGGUACAGAUGUAAAGUCCUCCUCGCUCUCUUCGUCUGUCCCCUCGCCUGCAUCACCAUGUCUCCAUGUCCCCCUGGCUGCUGCUGUCCCGGCCAGAGUUUUCUGGUCCUGUGCGAGUCACUGGGUCUCAGGUCGCUCCCUCGAUCCGUCCCUCUCAGCACCUCAGCUCUGUCCGUGGCCAGAAACCAGCUCUGCAAUGUGGACCACCUUCUCCGGCCUUUCUCCGGCCUGCAGGAGCUCAGCCUUAGCCACAACCUGCUGGCCCGUUUCCCCCGCGGCUUACCUCCCAGCCUGGAGUCCCUACUGCUGCAGGAGAACCGCAUCACUUACAUCACCUCAGGAGCCCUCAGGCAGUUGAGGAACCUAACUCGCCUCGAUCUGGAGGACAACAAAAUACGUGCCAUCCAGCCAGGAGCGCUGCUGGGUCUGAAAAAGCUGAAGGUCCUAACACUAAAAGGGAACAAGCUCACAAGACUCCCUCUGAAUCUCCCGCCAUCACUGACACAUUUAGACCUGUCAAAAAACUGCAUAUCCUCUCUGGAUCUUCCUUCACUCUCUGCCCUGAUCAACCUCCAGGUCCUGCAGAUCAACAGCAACUGUCUACGUUCAGUGCCAGAAAACACCUUUGACAACCUGCCACGCCUCAGGUCUGUGGACUUAACCAACAACCUGUGGGUGUGCGAGUGCGACAUCCUGUAUCUGUACCGCUGGCUGCUGAGUGGCAGACUGAGGAUGGCUACAGAUCUGGUGUGCAAAGAGCCGGUCCAUCUUGCUCACCGCCUGCUACUGAACCUCUCCAUCAUAUCCAUCUGCCCACGUGUCCUAAAGCCAAAGGAGAAGAUGAACCAGCCUAUGCUCAACUCCGCACAGGCGGUGAAAACAUCCGAUCCAGGCUCAUAUGAAGACAAGGAUGAUUUGUUGCAGAACAUAUCAAAAGAACCCACUAUCACUAAAGCACAAAACCUCCACUAUCUUCCCAAGACUCGGGUUUUACCGUACUCCUUAGAGACUCUCACCUAUGAAGAGUGUUUAUCCUUCAAUAUAUCUCAAUCAGUCAGUCCAGCUGAUCUGAAAACUACAUCUUUUCCAGAGGACCAGAGAUGCAGAGAAAACAUGACAGCUCCUUACCCUAAGAGCAAUGCGUCCUCUGCUGCAGGGACACAAUCAGGCCUGCCCACCAGCAUACAGGAGCUCCUGCCUACUGCGAACCCACAGAUGUUCUCCCAGAGAGACUCGACAGUCAUCGUCUCUCUGCUGGCUGUGCUGUGCAUACUGAUGGUUCUCGUAAUGCUGAUGGUGCUAACUGUGCUGAAAAAAGUUCUCGUACACCAGCAGAGAGUGGCACCGGCUAACGAGAGAUCUGUUGAAUGA